AUGGAUAAGCUGAUUGCGGACUUCUUAAGUAGUGUUCCUACUAAAGAAAAUGGAAAUCUUGUCCCGAUUCAGCUUUUGCCCCGAAGCCCGUUCAUAGCUUUCCAACAAAUGAGAUUUAAUAUUGUUGCAGGACAGACUAUUGGAGAACAUAAACGAGCACGCGUCGAAAUUUUUAAUGAUUUAGGUCAUGGCUUAGAUCUUACUGUUCAUUGUAAAUCAGCAGACGAGGAUCUUGGUAUCCAUGUGAUCCGGUAUCCAAAUGGCUUCUUUACAUUCGACUUCAAACCAAACAUUUGGGGGACUACAUUAUUCUUUUGUAGUUUUCGGUGGAAGGGUAGUGAAUUGAAGUGGUUUGACAUCUACGACUUCGAUAGAGACCAUCCUCUUUGCAGUGACUGCUUUUGGAAGAUUAGAUAUAAUGGUGCAUGUCAGUUAAAAUACGACACCAAAGAGUAUGAUUUAUGCUUUCCUUGGCAUUCCAAGUUGCAACAAUAUGCUGUAGAGUCACCAGCAACUCUCCCAUGA